AUGGAUUUAUCAAUGUCCAACGCUUUUCGUAUGCUUCUACAGAUGCGUCUGCUGAAUUCAAUGGGCAUGCAAGAGCCACCGAACGUCGACUCAAUCGACCUUUCGCCGUCAACGAUCGAGGAAAUGCUUGAGGCGUUGGGAGAGAACGACAAAAUUGAGCACGAUCAAGAAGAGAAAACUUUCAUCAUGGCAGUCGAUCCCUCCGACGGUAUUGAUCCUGAUAUGUUGGUCGCACGAUUUCCCGUUUCGCUCACUACGAUGGUCCGGAAAGUUUCGAGGGCGUAUUUGCAUGUGUACCUGCACGUUAGCAAUGGGCCGUUACCGGAGCCUGAAAUCGUGACGGUGGUGGUCAGAGAGCGGCUGCUGAACGGAGAUAUUGGCGAUGUAGUCGCUACAAACCCUGUCGAAAUACAGCGAAGCGGCAAAGCUGUUCUGCCAUUGAAGUCCUCCGAUGUCGAAAGGUGUCCUCCAAAACGCUUCGCUGAAGAUAAGAGUCAGAUUUGGUGUCGUAAGUCCGGUUCGGCGGUACCACCACCACCACCACCUUCAAUCAGGUCAGAUUUGAUCUGA